AUCCGUCUUCUGCUCAUUGGUGACAGAGGAAAGGCAUCUUUCAACACAUGGUUCCUCUUUCACUUCUCACAGAGAUGAGAGGAGCAGCUAUGAGUUUAACUGCAGCAGCGAGUGGAUUAGUUGUCUUCCUGCUCUCUGUGUCAGCGGUUCAGGGUCAGGAUGGCUGGGGAGUGACUUACUCUUCUACUGAGAUCUGUGCAGUGAAUGGAUCAACAGUGGAGAUAAGCUGCAGCUACACAUACCCAUCUACACCGGAUGGUCGUGUUAACACAUUUGAGAAAACAUGCUGGUUUUCUCAAAAGAAAGGUGGUGAACGUGUAGAUCCAAGCACUUUCUCAGAGUAUGCAGGUCGUGUGGAGGAUCUCUGUGAAAACAACAUCUGCACUCUGAGAAUCAGAAACCUGAGAAAGAGCGACUCAGCUGUGUACUGGUUAGGGAUCAAAACAAGCCAAACUGCAUACUCGGGUUUUCCAGGAGUCACUUUGUCCGUCACAGAUCUCCAGGUGGAGGGGAGAAGAUCAGGAUCGUCUACUCGCCUUCAGUGUCUCAGCAGUUGUCAUACUUCCUACAUCUGGUUUAAGAAUGGACAGAAAGUGAAGGAAGACACAUCUCCUUAUGCAUACUUCAGUUAUAGUCCUGCAGACAGUUAUUCCUGUGCUUUGAAGGGAUAUGAGGACUUCCCCUCUCCUUCAGUGUAUGCUCCAAAGCUCCCCUCUGUGUCAGUGAGUCCCUCUGCUGAGAUAGAGGAGGGCAGUUCAGUGACUCUGACCUGUAGCAGUGAUGCUAACCCAGCAGCUAACUACACCUGGUACAAGAAGAAUGAAGACUCUCCAAAAGCUUCAGGACAGAUCUUCAACAUCACUGACUUCAGAGCUGAACACAGUGGGAGUUAUUCCUGUGGAGCCCAGAACAAGUUAGGACGUAGUAACUCCAACUUACAUCUGAGUGUUGGAACAGGGAGUUCAACAAUGAUAGUGAAUAUCAUCAGGACGACUCUGGGGGUCUUGAUCCUGAUUCCUGUGUUUCUCCUGAGUAUCUGGACGAGGAAGAAGAAAGCUCUGCGCUCCACCACUGAAGCACAUGAACCUGAAGAGAUAGAGUUGGACUCUGUUCCUGAGUAUGAGAACGACUCACACACUGCAGCACAGACAGAAGACACAGAGGAGCAGGGAGACCUGGUGUGAAGUCCAGUCAGGUUAGAGCCUCCUGCAUCAGAUCAAACAGGCCCACUCCACAUUUAGAGUCACAGUUCCAGCUGUAACUUUACACAAAGUUUCUGUGAUUUUCUUCAGACGCUCACCUGACGGAAACAAAGAAGAAGGACGUUGAAAUGUCCCUGUGGAGAGCGAGGCUGUGCAGGAUGUGUGCAAAGUGGAUAUAUUCAUGUUCAACUCUUAAAGCUUUUAUAGUCAGUUUUCAGUAGCAGCAGCUUGUAGGUUUAGAGAAUGAGCUGCUGGCAGCUUGAAGUGAAUCAUGUCGAGGUGUCAAACAUGAUUUAUCGUUAAGACCAGCCGAUGGUCAGGUGCUCUAUAUUACUGCUUCAACUAUGUGUACAUGCUUAUUUGUUAUAUGCAGAGUUGUUGAUAUGACAAAAGUCUAGUCAAAUUGUUUUUUUAAAUUCCACAUAAUAAAUAACUUUGAAAAAUCCU